UGUCCUCGGCGUCUCAACUACAGCCUCCCGAACAGGUAUCACAUUUUACAGCAAAGUAAUCCGUGUUUAGUCUUUAAAACAUUAGCGUUACAUAAAAAGAACGUGACAGAGAGGCUAAGCGAUGGAAAUGUGCAUUUCCUAGUUAGUCGAGACGGGUCCUGAGAGGCAACUCGAGGCCACUCCUACGGCACAUCUGCCUCAUGCACGCGUACCAAAACCAGUUAAUUCAAAAACCAGUUAAUACCGCACACCGGUGACUGAAUUGGCAGCGUGCUAAUGACACAUCUGGCUACACAACUGGACCACAGUGAGAGGGGGAUGAAUAAGGCUUUGGGUGACGAACGUUAUCGAAACUGUGCCUCCUGUCGGGAUGGUAACGCUAGUGAGGAUAGUUGGUGAUGGGUGAUAGUUAUUUAUUCGUCGAAACGCCGACGCUGUGUGGAGACCAACUAACUGCUGCUGGUGUACUGACCCACAGCUUGCAUGACAUGAGACAACAGGCAGCCAUCGCUGCCAAAGUCUUCAUCCAGAGGGAUUAUACCAACGGCACUGUGUGCCAGUUCCAAACCAAGUUCCCCUUUGAGCUGGAGUCCCGGAUCGACAAGCAGCAGUUUGAGGAGACGGUGCAGACACUGAAUAAUCUAUACGCCGAAGCGGAGAAGCUGGGAAGCCAGUCAUACAUUGAAGGCUGUCUGGCCUGCCUCACAGCGUACAUCAUCUUCCUCUGUAUGGAGACUCACUAUGAGAAGGUUUUGAAGAAGAUAGCGAAGUACAUACAGGAGCAGAACGACAAGAUCUACGCACCACGAGGCCUCCUGCUCACCGAUCCCGUCGAGAGAGGUCUGCGAGUCGUAUCCUACCAAAAAGUCUGGAAAUACUUUGUUCUCUUCACUCAGCUAGGAUUAUUUUCCUCAAACCGUAACUGUUGAGCCUUGUGUAACUGUUUAGAAAAUAAAUCUGCAAACAAUGACCCCCUCAGGCUCGAUCAAACAGAGUGCGUUUUAGCAGUCAGUUGCGGCUUUAUGUGAUGGAUUUUCAGUGACCGUUACUGAGCGCCUCGCUUUUUUCCACCCCAUGCACUUUGUGUUUUUUGUAGGAGUGCCCUGAACGUCUCAAGUUGAGAAGAAAAUUAACUGAGCAAAAAAAGGUCCUGAUGGCAGUCGUGUUUUUUCUCAUUGUGGUAACUAUUAAGUAGCGUAUAGUUUAUGAUUCGUCUUACCCUCGUAUUACGCUUAUAUUAGCACUGGUGGUAUUUUUAUUUUUGAUAAGGCCUUCAUAGAUUUUAUUAUCUGACUCAAACUCAGAUUGCCAAUCAUACAGAUGAAUUAGAAACACCGCCAAGGGUCAAAGAAACAAUGUUUUUCUACAAUAACAAAGAAUCUUGUUAUGCAAGAAUGAUCAUGUCUAGAUGAAGUGAUUUAUAGGCCUUCUGCCCCAACCACGUCCUACCCUUUAACUGCUGGAUGAAAAUGGAAAGCAGCAGUCUGAGCAGUUUACAGGAAAUCCAACGCUAUGUACGGAUACCCUGUAAAAAACACCAGAUAAAAGUUAGUAUGUAAUCCAUAGCAUCUGUGUAAAAUCAGUGGGUGCACCAACAUCCUGGCUGUGUGUGUGUGUGUGUGUGUGUAUGUGUGUGUGUGGUGACUCAACAUCUCAGAUAAUUGUAACUCGGCGGCAAUGAGGGAUUAGGGAUAACAAAAUAUGACAGAAAUUGUUCACAGCUGAGCUUUGUUCCUUCUCUCGCCUAGGAUUCUGUAGAGUUGGCAGUCGUCUGGAUUAUUUCUCAGACACUGUCGGGCUGCUGUGCUGACUUUGGCAUGGGAGCACUGGGAGAUUGACAGGAAUGUCUCAGCUGAACCGAUGUGACUGCGUACACUACCAUCUGAGAAUGUACAUGUCCUUUGAGUCUGAGACAGUGGCGGCGGGGGGAAUUCUUUUUUGGUAGGGCCAUCCAAUCCAUUUCAGCAAACUUCCCAGUAUGAUUCAAACCAAAAAGUAGUCUCAAACACGCAUUUCUACUUUGUAGUUAAAUAUUUAAAAUGUAUUCCAACACUAACAUAAUAAGGACAUAUUUUUCAUACAAUUCAGUAUAAUAAUUAGGGCUGUCAGCGUUAACGCGUUAAUCUAUGCAAUUAAUUUGGCCGCGUUAACGCACUAAAAUAUUUUAAUGCAAUUAACGCAACUUUGUUUUCUUCCGGUGUUCGUUGAAGUUUUUACACUCAAACCGAGUGUCAAACCGCGGCAGUACGGUUUAAUACUGUUUCCAUUUUUAAAACAAUAAUUUCUCCGCGGAAAUAAGGAGCAGAAAUCAGUUUAAACUCGUGGAUGAAUCAGUCGGGUUUCCUCCUGCUCCUCCUUCCUCCCGCCUCCCCCUCUGACACACAGAGGAACGGAGGGGCGACGUGUCGGGUGACGCGGCGCGGAAAGAACUCGUCACACGAAACCUUCCCCGUGAUUGGUCAAUCCGUUUGUCUGUCAACAUUUUGGGAAAAAACAACCAAUGAACACUCAGUAAAUCACAAAGGACCUCCCACCUCACAGGUGAGGCUCGAUAGCAGCCUGUCAGUCAGAGAGCAGAGAACACGGUACCAGGACAAUGUGCCUCAUUGAAUAGAGCUGAGAUUGUUCUGGAAUGUUUGAUGUAUAACACGUGGGCAUGUGUCACAUGCAAAUGAUUUAAAAGGUGAAUUGAAUUUUUGUUGUAAAAUGUAUAAAAUGCCCCCAGCCUCCAGAGGGUGAACGUGACAUAUGUGAAUGUCAGUCAGUUACCAAGGCCACUGGUUCUGCUGCUGUUCAGUGUUAAAGAUGACAGGACCAAUGGGGUCUCAAUAUACUUCUUUUUUUUUACUAAUCUGAUGUUUCACUGAAGAAACAAUUUAUCAUCCACAAUAUUAAAUACCUCGCUGGCACUUUAUAGGUAGGAGCCUCUUUGAAAACACAGCUCUGUGUGAAGUUUGGUCUUUAAAAAGAAUGAACUUUUAACUUUUAAUUGCGAUUAAUGAAUUUCAAAAUGUACGAUUAAUUAGUUAAUUUUUUUACAUCGAUUGACAGCCCUAAUAAUAAUAAUAUAUAAAUACCAUCUAAUGUAAAUAUACAAUAUAAAUCACAGGUUCUAUUUUUUAUUUAUAGAACAUGUUUAUAUAUUAUGAUGCCCCUAUGAGCCUUGUUAGGGUUAAAGUGAGGCUGUUUUUAUCCUUAUUGUGUUUCUUCACCUCCUCAUUUGUCCGUCGUCCAGGUGGUAGCGACGUUCAAUUUGUCCAAUAUGGCUGCUUGAGGAGUUAUCAUAUGUGUCCUGGUGUUCUCAUGUUUUCUGUGUGCUUCAUGUCUAGGGAUGAGAAUUGAUAAGAUUUUAACGAUUCCGAUGCCUUAUCGAUUCCUGCUUAUCGAUUCGAUUCCUUAUCGAUUCUUUUAUCGAUUCUUAUUGGGCAAGGGGUGAAAAAAGAGCACAAACGGGUUUAUUUACAUUAAUUUUCUUUUAUAUAAUUUUCUAUAAUGCUGCACACACAUAAUGCUGCACACACCAUAUACUACGCCACUGUCCUGUUGAGACUCCGCCCACUGUUGAGACUCCGCCCACUCCUCCUCCCCACCGCCAUCUGCCUGAUGGAUCGUGGAGGUCUCCAUCGUGGAAUAUGCCUACUAUGAACUAUUCAUACACUCUGUCAUAUUCAUUGAAUGUAUUUUAACUCUAAAUCUGUCCUUCUGUACACAUUACAUCUAUUGCAUCUGUCCAUCCUGGAGAGGGAUCCUCCUCUGUUGCUCUCCUGCAGGUUUCUUCCCUUUUUUCCCCCCUGAAGGGUUAUUUGGGAGUUUUUCCUGGUCCGAUGUGAGGCUUUGGGGCAGGGAUGUCUAUGUGUACAGAUUGUAAAGCACUCCGAGACAAAUUUGUAAUUUGUGAAAUUGGGCUAUACAAAUAAACUGAAACUGAAUAUACAGUAUGUAUACAAACACAUAAAAAAAAAAAUUAAAUAACCAAAAACAUUUA